ACGUAACGAGUUUCUAUCUGUGUGUCUGUCUGGCUUGUGUUCCUCUUCUUCCCUUCGCCUCUUCUUUCGUCAAUAUUUCGGUAUUUCCUUGUCUUUUUCUUCGUCUUCCUCUUCGUUAGUUUUCAACUCUCAGGGUUUUCAGUGAUUCUCAGAUCUGGAAACUUCUAUUGCUUCAAUCUAGAUUUUUCGUCGUUGCGGAGCAACUCUAUAUAUCUUUGGCCUUCUCUUAUAUAUUUGGAUAGUUGGUUUCUGCUGGAAAUUUUGCAAAGAAAUUUAUACACUGAAAGGCUUUAUGACUAUGGAGUUCUAUUCAAACAAAAUGAGAAUGGAUCCUACCACUAUUAGAUUGGCAAAGGGUUAAUGAAGCUUAAUGAUUUAUUCACUGGGAGCACGAGAAGCUCCAGAGAACUCUUCACAUCAGUGUUGAGAAGUCUUAUCAAAGGUUUCUUUCCAAGAGAUGUUAUAAGAUAUAUUUGGUAAAAUUAAAUUCAUUGAAAGAUUUGCAAAACUUUGCUUGGGAUAUAGUGAAAAUGGACAGAUCAGAUACAUCGGGCUUUGUAAGUGGUGGAGGCUGUAUAUUGUUAUUUGCUUUUCUAGCCUUAAAGUUCUGGUAGGUAUGCGAGUAUUAUAGUAGUAUGUGGUGAACUGUUCUGCUGCUUCAACCUUCUGUAGCUGUAGUGCACAAUAUCUGGAUAAUGGAUUUGAACAUGAAAGCUGUACUGUCUCCUCGUGAUGCUGAACUUAGGAAAUAUGACAACUUUGGUGAUACUACAUUAUGCUUGAAUGGCAUUGGGUUUGGAGAAACAAAUAAGACUAGUGAUGGAUGUACCGAGAGCAAUCUUGGGAUGAAGUUUUCCAAUGCUUCUGAUGAUGGCUGCAGAUUGGUUCUGGGAUUGGGCCCUACCCCAAUGGCAUAUGGUGAUGACUACAACAAUUUGGGGUUUAAUGUGAAGAAAAAGUCAGCCAAUCUUUUUUCUCAGCACAUGCCAUCUGAAUGCGAAUCAAUCCUUCAACUUGGCCUUUCGGGUGUAACAAAUGAGGCGUCAAGUGUGCUCGACUGCUCAGGUUCAACUGAGACUGAUGUGAAUCUGUCAUGUUUCUCAAGCCCAUCAUCUGCAGAAAAUUAUUAUUCAAGGAUUCCUGUUGUUGAUGAGGGUUCUACCUCAGCAAAGAAAUCAGGUGGCUAUAUACCAUCACUUCUUUUAGCUCCAAGAAUGGAUAAUGCUGAAACUUCAGUGCAGACACAAGAAUUAAUUAUUGGGACUAAAUCUCAACUGUGCCCAGAACCAUCUGAUGCCGUAAAUUACUCAUUUGGUACUGCGUCUGGGCCCCAGGGUACAGGUAUAACUUCGGAGAACCGAACAAGCAAUCCUAAGACAUGUAGAUUUUUUGGCUGUACAAAGGGAGCUCGAGGUGCUUCGGGGCUUUGUAUUGGACAUGGUGGUGGACAGAGAUGUCAGAAACCAGGAUGCAACAAAGGUGCCGAGAGCCGUACUGCUUAUUGUAAAGCCCAUGGUGGAGGGAAGAGGUGCCAAUACUUGGGAUGUACUAAAAGUGCCGAGGGGAAGACAGAUUAUUGCAUUGCACAUGGUGGUGGUAGGCGAUGCGGGUAUCCAGGUGGGUGUGCAAAAGCUGCUCGGGGUAAGUCAGGACUUUGCAUUAGACAUGGAGGGGGUAAGAGGUGUAGAAUAGAAGGUUGUACCCGAAGUGCUGAAGGUCAGGCUGGAUUGUGCAUCUCUCACGGGGGUGGACGCCGUUGUCAAUACCAAGGAUGUACAAAGGGUGCACAAGGGAGCACCAUGUUUUGCAAAGCACAUGGUGGUGGGAAGCGUUGCUCAUUUGCAGGGUGUACCAAAGGUGCUGAAGGAAGCACCCCACUGUGCAAGGCACAUGGUGGGGGGAAGCGCUGCCUUUUCAAUGGAGGUGGCAUUUGCCCCAAAAGUGUACAUGGAGGCACAAACUUCUGUGUUGCUCAUGGUGGUGGAAAGAGGUGUGCUGUUGCAGGUUGCACCAAGAGUGCACGUGGCCGUACGGACUGUUGUGUUAGGCAUGGUGGGGGGAAGCGGUGCAAGUCUGAAGGCUGUGGGAAGAGUGCUCAAGGGAGCACAGAUUUCUGCAAGGCCCAUGGUGGAGGAAAGCGAUGUAGUUGGGGAGAUGGAAAGUGUGAGAAGUUUGCAAGGGGAAAGAGUGGGCUCUGUGCUGCUCACAGCAGCUUGGUGCAAGAGCGGGAUAUGAACAAGGGCAGUCUCAUUGCACCGGGACUUUUCUGCGGUCUUGUACCUGCUGCUUCCACUGCCUGCAGCAGUUUUGAGAACAAUUCUUCCUCUGGAGUCAGUGUUGUGUCUGACUCCUAUGAUUCUAUGGAAACUCCACCAACUCGACAGCACCUCAUACCCAAGGAGGUGUUAGUUCCGCUCUCAAUGAAAUCACCAUCUUAUUCAAACUUCUUGACUGCCAAGAAGCCAGAUGAAGACAGAAACUGCCAGAGCUCAGCCGCAGGCUGCAGUGGUGCGCAGAAAGGUCUCGACUUUAAUCUGCCGGAGGGCAGGGUACACGGUGGCGACCUCAUGUUGUAUUUUGGAGGGAAUCUCAAAAAUGCACUUGACGGUAUCUGAAAUGGUGACUUUCAAGUUGUAGAUUCAAUUUAGGAAUUAGGGACCAUUUCCAUCAUGGAAUUGUGCAUAAAGCUUUGUGCUCUGCUUGUUCAAUAACUUGUGUAUAGUUGGGUGUUGAUUAUUAGGCUCCUAUUGUUUGUAGUGCUUCGUCCGUACAAUGGCUUUCAUUAUUCAAUGUAAGGUUGCAACCAAUGCUGUGAAAAAAUAUUCAAUUUAGCAAAACUAAUCCAUAUCUGCA